AUUGGUCAACCGACGUGUGACGUCGCUGAGCGGGUAUGGGGUGUCGUCUUAGCGCCGCUGGGAGGUGGAGGCGGUGAAUGAGAAUCUGCGCUGAGUGUCCGCUUCAGGGGGGAACAGAGAGCGGGGUCACUCACCGGGCUCCCGGACACACAGCCAGCGGGCUAUGAGGUACCUACUAGCAAGCUAAACCGGACGCAAGAAUGGCUCAGUUUUCAACCCCAUUCGGGGCAGGGAAUCUGGACAUCUGGGCCAUAAGCUUGGAAGAACGAGCUAAGCAUGACCAGCAAUUCCAUGGUCUCCAGCCAACAGCUGGGUAUAUUACUGGAGACCAAGCACGGAAUUUCUUCCUUCAGUCUGGCUUGCCGCAACCAGUUCUUGCCCAGAUAUGGGCACUGGCUGACAUGAAUAACGACGGCCGCAUGGACCAACUGGAGUUCUCUAUAGCAAUGAAACUCAUCAAACUGAAGCUCCAAGGUUACCCCGUGCCAUCUGUCCUCCCUUCCAUCAUGCUACAGCCCCCAGUCACCAUACCCACCGCUGCAGGGUUUGGUAUAAGUGGAAUUGCGGGCAUGCCUCCCCUAGCAGCUGUAGCCCCUGUGCCAAUGCCUCCUAUUCCAGUAGUAGGAAUGUCUCCACCUAUAGUGUCCUCUGUCCCUGCUGCCUCAGUGCCACCCUUGGCUAAUGGAGCGCCUACCGUUAUACAGCCUCUUCCUGCUUUUGUUCACUCUGCCACCUUGCCAAAGAGUUCGUCAUUCGGCCGAUCUGGUACUGGACCUCAAAUAAACACUAAAUUACAGAAGGCUCAGUCAUUUGAUGUUGCAAUCCCUCCCCCUUUGCAAGAAUGGGCUGUUCCAGUGUCUUCAAGACUCAAGUACAGACAGUUGUUCAACAGCCAUGACAAAACAAUGAGUGGCCAUUUAACAGGACCUCAAGCCCGAACUAUCCUUAUGCAGUCUAGUUUACCACAAGCUCAGCUUGCUACAAUAUGGAACCUUUCAGACAUUGAUCAAGAUGGCAAACUAACAGCAGAAGAGUUUAUCUUGGCGAUGCAUUUAAUAGACAUGGCUAUGGCUGGUCAGCCUCUGCCUCCUGUCUUGCCCCCUGACUAUAUUCCGCCAUCUUUUAGAAGGGUACGCUCUGGAAGUGGGAUCUCUCUUAUAAGCUCUGUGUCUGUCGACCAGCGAUUACCCGAGGAACCAACUGAAGAAGAGCCCCAGCCAGCAGACAAGAAAUUGUCAGUUGUGACUUUUGAAGAUAAGAAACGAGAAAAUUUUGAGCGUGGGAACCUUGAAUUGGAAAAGAGGAGGCAGGCUCUCUUAGAGCAGCAACGGAAGGAGCAGGAGCGACUGGCGCAGCUAGAGCGCGCAGAACAGGAGAGAAAAGAACGAGAGCGUCAGGAACUGGAACGGAAGAGGCAGCAAGAGCUGGAGAAGCAGCUGGAGAAACAACGGGAGCUGGAACGGCAGCGGGAGGAAGAGAGGAGGAAAGAAAUCGAGAGGAGAGAGGCCGCAAAGCGGGAACUUGAGCGUCAGCGGCAGUUGGAGUGGGAGCGAAAUCGAAGACAAGAACUAUUAAAUCAGAGGAACAGAGAGCAGGAGGACAUUGUUGUUUUGAAGGCAAAGAAAAAGACUCUGGAGUUCGAGCUUGAAGCACUAAAUGACAAAAAGAACCAGUUAGAAGGAAAGCUGCAGGACAUCCGUGGUCGUCUCACCAUGCAACGGCAUGACAUAGAAAGCACCAACAAGUCUAGAGAGCUAAGAAUAGCGGAGAUUACGCAUCUCCAGCAGCAGCUGCAGGAGUCACAGCAGCUGCUUGGAAAACUGAUUCCUGAAAAACAAUCCCUCAACGACCAAUUAAAGCAAGUUCAACAAAACAGUUUGCACAGAGAUUCUCUCCAAACACUAAGAAGAGCUUUGGAAGCCAAGGAAAUCGGUCGCCAGCAACUCCGAGAACAAUUGGAUGAUAUAGAGAAGGAAACAAGAGCUAAACUUCAGGAGAUUGAUGUCUUUAAUAACCAGCUAAAGGAACUACGAGAAAUGCACAAUAGGCAGCAGUUGGACAAGCAGAAAGAUAUGGAAGCAGAGAGACUCAAAAUGAAGGAACAGGAGAGAAAGAUCAUAGAACUUGAGAAACAAAAAGAAGAAGCUCAGAGGAGGGCACUAGAGCAGGACAAGCAGUGGCAGGACCGAGUGAAGCAGGAAGAAGAACAAGUAAGACACAAAGUCCUUCAAGAAGAAGAAAAACAGAAAAGGGAAGACACUUUGAAAAGGAACCACGAAGAGAAAAAGCAAGAGGCACAUGAGAAACCCGCCAAACUGUUCCAGCAGCCACCCGAGCCAAUGAAGCCAGGAGGACAGGUCCCCUGGACAGGUACAGAAAAAGCACCACUAACAAUCUCUCAGGGCGAUGUCAAGGUUGUCUAUUACCGAGCACUUUACCCGUUCGAUGCCAGAAGUCCUGAUGAAAUCACAAUCCAGCCUGGUGAUAUUAUUAUGGUGGAUGAAAGCCAAACCGGCGAGCCUGGGUGGCUCGGAGGUGAAAUAAAAGGGAAAACUGGAUGGUUCCCUGCUAACUAUGCAGAGAGAAUGCCAGAAGGUGACCUUCCAAGCACAACAAAACAGGCAGCAGACACUACAGCCAAAACCACUGUCCACGUGGCACCAUCCACUACCGUAUCCGCAGCAUUCACAGACUCCUCUACCAAUUCCAACAACUGGGCAGACUUCAGCUCAACGUGGCCAACCAUUAACAAUGACAAAGUAGAGACUGAUAACUGGGAUAUGUGGGCCGCUCAGCCCUCGCUGACCGUACCAAGUGCCGGCCAAAUGAGACAGCGCUCUGCAUUUACUCCGGCUACAGUAACUGGAUCCUCUCCUUCUCCUGUACUCGGCCAGGGUGAAAAAGUAGAAGGGCUUCAAGCACAGGCCUUGUAUCCUUGGAGAGCGAAGAAGGACAACCAUCUAAAUUUUAACAAGAAUGAUAUAAUUACGGUUCUCGAACAGCAAGACAUGUGGUGGUUUGGAGAAGUUCAAGGUCAUAAGGGCUGGUUCCCUAAAUCCUAUGUGAAGCUCAUUUCAGGCCCCUUAAGGAAAUCUACAAGCAUUGAUUCCACGUCCUCUGAGAGCCCAGCCAGUUUAAAGAGAGCAUCUUCCCCAGCAUUUAAACCUGCUGUCCAAGGAGAAGGUAAAGCUCAUGAAUACAUAGCUAUGUACACCUAUGAAAGCAACGAGCAAGGUGAUUUGACGUUUCAGCAGGGAGAUAUGAUCGUAGUCAUAAAAAAAGAUGGUGACUGGUGGACAGGAACCGUGGGAGAUAAAACUGGAGUCUUCCCGUCCAAUUAUGUGCGACUGAAAGAUUCGGAGGGUAUUGGCACAGUAGGAAAAACAGGAAGCCUUGGAAAGAAACCUGAAAUCGCCCAGGUCAUUGCAUCUUAUACAGCGACUGGACCUGAGCAACUCACGUUGGCCCCUGGCCAACUAAUUCUCAUCAGAAAGAAGAACCCUGGUGGCUGGUGGGAGGGAGAAUUACAAGCACGUGGGAAGAAGAGACAGAUUGGAUGGUUUCCUGCAAACUACGUCAAACUUCUGAGCCCUGGUACAAAUAAAACUACCCCAACAGAGCCACCCAAACCAGCAACUUUGCCACCAACGUGCCAAGUCAUCGGAAUGUACGAUUAUAUUGCACAGAAUGACGAUGAACUCGCUUUUGCCAAAGGUCAAGUCAUUAACGUGCUGAACAAAGAAGAUCCAGACUGGUGGAAGGGGGAACUGAAUGGUCAAGUGGGUCUCUUUCCUUCAAACUACGUGAAGCUAACCACAGACAUGGACCCCAGCCAGCAAUGGUGUGCAGACUUACAUCUUCUAGACAUGCUGAGCCCCACAGAAAGAAAGAGGCAAGGCUAUAUUCAUGAAUUGAUAGUGACUGAGGAGAACUAUGUCAAUGACUUACAAUUAGUCACAGAGACAUUCCAGAAACCCCUGUUGGAAUCCGAUUUGCUCACAGAGAAAGAAGUGGCCAUGAUUUUUGUCAACUGGAAGGAGCUGAUUAUGUGCAAUAUCAAACUACUCAAGGCCCUAAGAGUUCGCAAAAAGAUGUCUGGGGAAAAGAUGCCUGUAAAGAUGAUUGGAGACAUCUUGACUGCUCAGUUACCCCAUAUGCAACCCUAUAUUCGCUUCUGUAGCUGUCAGCUCAACGGUGCUGCCCUCAUCCAGCAAAAAACAGAUGAGGUGCCAGAAUUUAAGGAGUUUGUCAAAAGGUUGGCAAUGGAUCCUCGUUGUAAAGGUAUGCCUCUAUCCAGCUUCCUCCUGAAACCUAUGCAAAGAGUGACCAGAUACCCUCUCAUCAUUAAAAAUAUUAUAGAAAAUACUCCUGAGAAUCAUCCAGACCUCAGUCACCUGAAGCUUGCUCUGGAGAAAGCAGAGGAACUGUGUUCCCAGGUCAAUGAAGGGGUUCGAGAGAAGGAAAACUCUGACCGACUGGAGUGGAUUCAGGCUCAUGUUCAGUGUGAGGGUUUGUCUGAGCAAUUAGUAUUUAACUCUGUUACAAACUGCUUGGGGCCGCGGAAGUUUCUACACAGUGGGAAACUCUAUAAAGCGAAGAGCAACAAGGAGUUAUAUGGCUUCCUGUUUAAUGACUUCCUGCUGCUGACGCAAAUCAUUAAACCGCUAGGAUCCUCCGGUACCGAUAAGGUGUUCAGCCCAAAAUCUAACCUCCAGUACAAAAUGUACAAAACCCCUAUUUUCCUGAAUGAAGUGCUGGUGAAACUCCCCACAGACCCCUCUGGAGAUGAGCCAAUUUUUCACAUUUCCCAUAUUGACCGAGUUUACACGCUGCGUGCUGAGAGCAUCAAUGAAAGGACAGCAUGGGUGCAGAAAAUCAAAGCUGCGUCAGAAUUGUACAUUGAGACUGAGAAAAAGAAGAGAGAAAAAGCAUAUCUGGUUCGCUCCCAAAGGGCCACCGGCAUUGGACGACUGAUGGUGAAUAUUGUAGAAGGCAUUGAGUUGAAACCUUGCCGAUCUCAUGGAAAGAGUAAUCCAUACUGUGAGAUUACUAUGGGUUCUCAGUGCCAUAUCACAAAGACCAUACAAGACACCCUCAACCCAAAGUGGAACUCCAACUGCCAAUUUUUCAUCAAGGAUCUUGAACAAGAUGUUCUCUGCAUCACCGUAUUUGAAAGGGAUCAGUUCUCCCCAGAUGAUUUUCUGGGGAGGACAGAAAUUCGAGUUGCAGAUAUUAAGAAGGACCAAGGUUCUAAAGGACCUGUUACAAAGUGUCUCCUUUUGCACGAAGUCCCAACCGGGGAGAUAGUCGUUCGAUUGGAUUUGCAAUUGUUCGAUGAACCGUAAAAGGGAUUGCACAAGACCACAUUCCACUUCUGCUACAUCGAGGCAGUCGCUCGCUCGAUAAGCUUUUCACCAACGGUACUUCAUCUUAUCAAGGCUGUUGCCAAAACCGGAGUCCAACGUUUGUUUUAGCAUCACGGAUUUUUAAUUGAAAUUGCCAUUUUCUACGAAAAUGUACGUGUUUUAUAUGUGGGACUUCAUUUUAGAAUUUAGAAAUGUGUCUUUUUUUCUGAUUACAAAUAACUGUGAUCUUUGCUGUGAAACCAACAUUUAGAAAAUGUUGUAGAGCUCACUGCAUUACUAACUUGAUGUGUUGUUUUAAACUAAAUGUUAAUGUUUGAUUAAUAAAAGUAUGGUUUACACUGAAUAAUACCAAUAACAUAGAUGGCUGCCUUGGCACCCCAUAUGUCUGGGAGCUAUAUUCCUUUAAGGCUGUCAGAAAGUCAUAGGAAUUGUAGCUGACAAAAUGCUUUGGUGCCGGAGUGAGCCAUCACUGGACUGUAAUUGGGAAGUGCAUACAUUUAAUUUAAAGGAGUUAUUUGAUCUAAAAUAUGAGACCCAGACCUGAGGAAAAUUUACGUAAAUAAUAAGAGACUAAUAACUUUAUAUAUCACAGUUGGUAAUUAAUACAGUGUAUUUACUUCCCAGCUGUUUAAUGGUUUAUCUGCUUAUUAUAGGCAGGAGUGAAGCUGUGACAGGUCAUGCUGAUCUGUAUAUUUCGGAGGUAAAGAUACAAUAUUUAUGUUUUGAGUAAGAAUUUAUUUACGUACGGGAUAUUUGUCCUUCAUACCCUGUGGUAGGUUUAUUGCAUUUUGUGCUACUAGAGGGAGUAAGCAUUCAAUUUUUGACACUCUAAGGUUGCCAAAGGAGUUUCCAGUCCCAGAUUGAAGCCUCCUCUUCUCCUCAUCUGAAUCCUGAUUUGUAUGUUUAAUUUCUUGCUGAGACACUUUGAUUUUUUUUUUGUU